AGAAGAGACGAGGAGGGUAGGAGAAGAAAGUGUUGGCGGGGAGAAGGAGGAGUGGCACAGAAGAGAAGUCAGAGGAGAAGGCGGAGAAAAGAAAGAGAAGAGGAUGGCAGGAGAAGAGAAAGAGAGCGGAAGGAAGGACUGGAUGGACGGGCUGAGAGAGAUAGGAAAAGACGUGACGGAGCAACUAAGAAGGAUGGAAAGAGAGCUGAGUGGAAUAAGGGAGAUAAUGGAGAGAAAGGAGGAAAGAAAAAGAAGAGAGAAGAGGUGGAAGAGA